CACGAACCCAAACCGAAAUCGACUUUAAAUUGGAUCUGGUCGAGAGACGCAUUUGCUUUGCUCCGUCUCUCUCUGUGCCCCCCAACAACUAUGGCGGAGAUUUCCGAGGACGCUCCUCCUCCUCCUGCCGCCGCCGCCGCCGACGCCGGAGUCCAAGGCGAAGCGGCCCCCACACGGCGGUCCACGAAACCCGGCCGCAAGCGUCUCUUCCUCACCUUCUCCGUCCUCCUCUCUUUUCUCUCAGGACUCCCUUUCUUCCUUAAGUCCACCGAGAUCCACCGAUCGCCGCUCCCUUUCGAGUCCAUCGACGCCCUUUCCCGCCGCCUCCAAUUCGACCCUCCCUCUCUACCCUGCCACUUCCGGGCCGUCUUCCUCCGGUCAGGAGCCGACCGUACCCUCGCCGCACGACUCCAGUCCGCGAUCGCCGCCGAUAUGGGGAGACGUGCCGGCAACCGUCUCUCCUGCGGCGGCUGUGGCCGCGGCUUCGCCGUCUCCGUCACCGUGGACUCCGGCGAGGAAUGCGUGAGCGAUGACGGCGGUGUGGCAGGUUCCUGCCUUUGGACGUGCGGCGCGGUGAGUUUGGAUGGUAGUGGUGAGGAUGAUUCUGCUGUUGAUGAGUUGCUGGAUUCGGUUAUGAGGGGAGCGGGUGGAAAGGAGUGCGUGGACGCCGGUGGCGGGAGGGUUUACACUGUGGUGGUAAUGGAGAAGGAAGAUGUUGAGAGCGUGAGGGUUGUUGUGGGGAAGCAUCGGCAUGCUUGGAUUGUGGGUAAGGUCUCAGAAACAGAUACUGUCUCCAUCAUCAGCAAGGUGUUUGUGAAAUACUUCAUGAAUGGGGGGAAGGAGGGACGUGGAAUGGAGAAAGGAAUAGGAGAGUUCGUGCCAGUUGGGGCCGAUGGGACUGUUGUUCUCUCCUUUAGUUUGUUGAAUGCUGAUCCUAGCGACUGGGUUUACGAUUGGGAGUUCCAAGAAAUGAGUAAGAUCAUGUUGGCUCCUGUGGCCAAGGCCCUAACUCCCAUAGCAAACAUAAGCAUAGAAAGUCAGGUCUUAUACCAUACUCCAAAGUCUUCUAAUUCUUACUGGGAUGAGAAGUAUGGUGGCUACAUCUUUAGUCUAAGAGACCUUCCAUUCUUUGUAAACUCCAAUGAGUGGCAUCUCGAUACCUCAGUUACGGCCGCUGGACGAUCAAAAGUUCUCCAAUUUGUGGUAUAUGUGCCAUCUGCAAUCGAAUGUCCACUUCUCUUACAGCUCCCCAAUGGAGAGAUCUCCAAGACCAAUAGUUUUAUAUCUCCUAUGUGGGGAGGCAUUGUUAUCUGGAAUCCACCUCAGUGUACUGGAGAUUCUCAGAAGAAGCAUCUCGAGGGAAGUACCUUACCACCUCAGGAACUUGAGAAGAUCUUUCAAGUAUUCAUAGCGCAACUACGGAUGCUCUUUGGUCUCACAUCAAAUUAUAUUGAUUCUUCUGAAACAGAAAUAUCUAAAUUUUUGGACAGUGAAAGAGGCUUUACAGAUUGGGAGUUGGAUGUGCUAUUUCGGCAUCAUGCAUGUUUCAAUCUGCAUUCUUGCGUUAACACACUUGAGUCGCUUGCUAAAUUAGUCCAAUCACUUCCAAGAAUGAUUGUCAUGGAUGAAAUAGGAAAACAGGUCAAGUAUUCGCUUGAAGCUGCAAGUUUAGCUCAGAUGAAUGCCUCUCUUGGAAUAUAUGAUGCUUCAGCUGCCUCCUCUAGGAAAGCAAAGGCUUUAGCAGAGGAUGCAUUUUUUCAUCCAUCGAUCAUGUCAAUCAGUUAUUCCUCCAUUGAGCACUACUUUGCAAUAUACAUGCCUUUUUUUGCACCAGUUUCUCUUCAUGUGCUGCUGGCAGCUAUCAAAGAACUAAAAAGAUACAAGAGGGAAAAAGCAAAAUAUAUGGCAUUUGCUGCUGACCAGGCCAGGUCUUCCUAGUUUGGUGCCUCUCUAAUGUUUUGAUCAUGUUUGAUCUGGAAAAUUUGUGCUGCUUUUGCUCAAGACUUGGGAAGACGAGCAACAUAGAGAUGCAAGUUUUCACUCAGAUCAGUCACCUGAUUGGAUUAUGUUAUUAUUUAUCACAUGAAAAAGCACAAAAGUCUUUUGGCGUUGGGCGAGUCGCAGCAAACAACUAAAAACUUAUAUAACAGGGAAAAAAGUUCUAAAAGGAUAUCUUGAUGCGAACCAUGUUAAUAUGGAUGUGGUCUUUUGCUUCCACAAUCCAUCGAUCCAGUUAUCCGUGUAUAAAGUACUGCCAAGUCCGACGUCGUUAAAUUGUAAGAUUUAUCAGUAGAUUCAUACUUGUAACAUUUGCUUGUUUCUAAGGUUUACCUUAGUCUUGAUGAAUUGCCUUAUUGAUGGUGAAA